AUUAUAAAAUGGCUGACUCUGAAAAUGAGGAGGUGAUAAUAAUACUAACUUAACUGAAUACAUUUGUUAUUAUCCACAUAUUUCAUGAUUUGAUUAAAUCAUUACUUCAUUUGGUAUUUUUAUUCUAAUAGGAAAAUAAAAAUGAAUCCUUCGACUUCGAUAAUUUUUAAUUUACUCCGUAGCCUAUAUUUAACUUUAAAGUUAAGACUAAGACCAGUGUUAAGUGAGUCUCUUACUUACUCUUACUAACUAUCUUACUUAUAAUACUAAUUAGUAUAAUUUAUACUUUAUAUUAUUAGUAUAUAUUAUAUAUACUAGCUUAGAUUAGUAGUCUUAAUCUUCGAAUUCUAUCAACAGUAUCGGCCUUUACUCCUCAGUGCCUCAAUAUCAGUUAUUGUUCAGUGGUUUCACUGAAUUGGAAAGCUUGUCUAAAUGUCUUGACAAGACAUUCUUGUUGGUCUUGACUAACUACUAACUUGUCUUGAGUGAUGUAACUCAAAACUGUUAGUUCUAAGUUAUCUAGUCCUAGUAGCUUAUUUAAAUCAUUAUUUUAUUCUAUUAUUAUUAUUAUAUACAAUUUUUUACUAGGCCUAGUGCCUAGUUCAAUUUUAAGAAAUAAGUUAAAAUGCCUUAGACUUAAAUUACUUAGAUUUAAAAUAUAAACUAUCAUCUACAACUAUGUACUAAGUGUCCCUAGGCUUGACUUCUUUUACUAAGUAGGCCUAUACUACUAAUACUAAAUUAAUACUAGAUUCAUUGACGUUAGACAAAAUUAUUAGUAAAUAAACACAUAAUUUGUCAUAAUAAGGUGUCUCUGAACGCUCCGGACUUUUAACUACUAGCCUGCUACUACACUACAUAUAUUGAGAUUUUGUUUCAUUAUAUUGAAUAAUUUAUACUAAUUGAGAUGACAAUUAAAUUCUUAUAAAAAUUUCAAAUAUGACCAGGCCCAGGCCUAUAUUUAUAUUGCAUUUAAAGUUUAAAAAUUAGAUAAUAAUUUUUAUACACCUACUUUUGUUGUUUUUUUGUUCUUUUCUGAACAGAGAACCACUAAAUUGUUAUUGAUAGGAUUAAUAAGAUAAAAGUAUUAGGCUAUAUUUAAUACUUGUAAUAGCUUUUAGCUUAUUCAGCAUUUGAUCAACCUGUCCAAAUAAAAUCAGUUAUUCUGUUAUACAUAUUUUAUUAACUUAUUAUUACAGACCUCACCUGCUGCCAGCAGCAGAGAAUCUAGCCCAAUACGUAGCCCCCAUAGCCAGCAAAGUGGGAGUCCAGCAGCAAGUAACAGAAGUGAAAGUCCUGUAGGUAGUCAGAGAAGUAGAAGCCCCCAAAGUGGCAGUCCUAGGUCUAGGAGUGGUAGUCCCACAGGAAGUCAUAGAAGUGGCAGUCAACCUGCCAGUGAUAGAAGUCGUAGUGCAAGCCCAGGUAAAUUUCUAACAGUUCAAAAUGUUUUUGAAGUAUUUCAAAAACAUAGGCUUAGUUUACAUUGCAUUAUAUCUCCUCGUGUAUAGAGAACUUUUAAAAAGUUACUUAUAUUGAGUAAUAAGUGAUAAAUAUUUAGGGAAUUGUUCAAUGCUUUAUUAAAUCGAUUAUACAAAUAUCUUUCUCACAUUAAGUUUGCAAUUUUUAAAAAUAUUAUUGAUAUCAUGUAAUGAUGGAGAACAGGAAUAAUUUAUUUUUAUAUAGGUUAUAUUUCAAUUUAAAAAGUUAUAUUCGAAAGUCUUUUACAUUAAAUUUUCUCAUGAUUCAAUACGAAAAAUAAAGUUUAUUUUUGAAAUUCUGCACACACAAAAAUUUAAUGCCUACAUGUCUGUUUGUUACAGUUGGUAGUGAUCGCAGUAGAAGUCGUAGUCCUAAAGGUAGUCCAGCAGGUAGUCAAAGAAGUGGAAGUCCCGUUGAAAGUCACAGGUGUGUAAGUCAAUUGAAAUGCAAUGUAAACCUAUGAAAAGCCAUCCAUACUUAGUGUAACAAUAUAAAUAUAUCCAUAUUUAGUGUUUAACAAUAUAAAUAGAUUAUCAUUACUUUUUGUGAUAGCAUUAUUGUUUUAAUUUCUAAUUUAUAUAAGAUUUACAAUUAAAAUAAAUUUACUAAAAAUAAAACACAGAAAUUUGCAGCAUAUAAUUUAUGGCCACUGACUGAUAUAUCUUAUCAUUUUUGGAAUGCACAUUAGGAUUUUAACAACAACCUUCUUUUCAUUGAACCAAAAGUUCCUUUGAAUAAUUACAAUCUUGCCAUUUGAGAGCCAGUCGUGAUGUUUUAAGGUUUAGUUCCUUCAAAUUGGGGAUCUCCAACUGUUCAUAGUCAUUAGAGACAGAAUCUCAAUGAACCCUUUUAUCUAUAAAGGUGGCCAUUUUUAAAAAAAAUAUUCAUCAGCUGUUAAUGAUGCGAGUCUGAUUCUUUAAAUCACCUUACUUAAAUUCCCUACAAUAAAAAAAAAAAAAACCCUACAAAUUAUGAUAAAUUUCAGGAGUGGAAGUCCGACUGGUAGUAAUAGAAGCAGAAGUGCCAGUCCAGCAGGUAGCCACAGAAGUGGAAGUCAAGCAGGUAGCCAUCAUAGUGCAAGUCCACCAGCUAGUAACAGAAGUGCAAGUCCUGCAGGUAGUCACAGAAGUACUAGCCCAGCAGGUAGCCAUAAAAGUGCUAGUCCUGCAGGAAGCCAUAAAAGUGCCAGUCCUGUGGGCAGUCCAGGAAGUCCUCGAAGUGGAAGUCCUGUAGGAAGCCAUAGGAGUGGGAGCCCUGCAGGUAGCCAUCAAAGUGCAAGUCCUGUCGGUAGCCAUAAAAGUAGAAGCCCUGCAGGUAGCCACAGAAGUAGAAGUGCAAGUCCGACUGGCAGCCAUAAAAGUGCAAGUCCUGGUGGUAGCCAUAAAAGUGCAAGUCCAGCAGGUAGCCAUAGAAGUGCAAGUCCAGCAGGUAGCCAUAAAAGUGCAAGCCCAGCAGGUAGCCAUAAAAGUGCAAGCCCAGCAGGUAGCCAUAGAAGUAGAAGUCCAACGGGUAGCCAUAAAAGUGCAAGUCCAGCUAGUAGCCAUAGAAGUGGAAGCCCUGCAGGUAGCCACAGAAGUAGAAGUGGGAGUCCAGCUGGUAGCCAUAAAAGUGCAAGUCCUGUAGGUAGCCACAGAAGUAGAAGUGGUAGUCCAACAGGUAGCCACAGAAGCAGAAGUGGAAGUCCAGAUGGCAGUCACAAAAGUGGAUCAGAGCAUAGUAGUAGAGCAGGUAAAACUUCACUUCAUCAAAUUAUUUCUAAGAACCCAAAGGUUAAGAUCUUAAUCAGACAAAUCUUGCUUUAAAAAUGUUUUAAUAAAAAAUAUGUAAUUCUUCUAAAUAAAUUAUGUACAUCUGGAAGUAUCUGGCCAAAACCGUAUCUCAAUUUAAGAUGAAGAAAAGAGCAACAUGUAUUUAUAGCUGUCUGAAACAAUUUACUUGUGUUUUUCUCAGGGAGCAGAGCAAGCAGUGUUGACAGCCAGUCAUCAUCAAGUGAGUUGAGUAUACAAUAUUUUAUAUACAAGUACUCCUCACUUCGUCACCCACCCUUAAAACAACCAGCUCUCUAAAUGGUCAACUUUGCUCUUUCUGCAAACAAAUAAUUAGUAUCUGUGACCUAAAUGGUCGAAUGAUGAACUUUGCUCCAUCUGAAAACAAAUAAUUUGUAUCUGUGACCUAAAUAGUCAUAUGAUGAACUUUGCUCCAUCUGAAAACAAAUAAUUAGUAUCUGUGACCUAAAUGGUCAUAUGAUGAACUUUGCUCCAUCUGAAAACAAAUAAUUAGUAUCUGUGACCUAAAUGGUCGAAUGAUGAACUUUGCUCCAUCUGAAAACAAAUAAUUAGUAUCUGUGACCUAAAUGAUCGAAUGAUGAACUUUGCUCCUUCUGGAAACAAAUAAUUUGUAUCUGUGACCUAACUGGUGGUAUGAGGAACUUUGCUCCAUCUGUAAAAAAAAUAAUUUGUAUCUGUGACCUAAAUGGUCGUAUGAGGAACUUUGCUCCAACUGUAAACAAAUAUAUUGUAUCUGCGAUCUAAAAGGAAAUUUAGUUCCAGCUACAUUUUUUACCCCUUGUUUACAUUUUCAGAACGAAGAAGAAAGUCAGGUUCUGAUUCUGGUUCAGACAGCGAUGGACCGAGAAAAAAAUCUCGCAGGCAGAUUGGCAGUGAUGAUGAUGAUGGUGAUGGUGAACAUGAUGGUCUGGAUGAGAUUGAUCAGGCAGAGCGUGAUGCAUUACUCAAAGAAGGUUCGUCUCUGAAAGCAUUACUUUGCUCGUUGAAAAAAAAAAAUUGAACUGGUUUGCUAACGUUGAAAGUGUUUUACAUUUUUUGAGAACCAUUUUAUGAAAAUAUAGGUGAUAUUUCUAACAUUUAUUCUAGCGGCUUAAGAUAAUUAAUUUUUUUUUAAAGUGAUAAUGGUUAGAUAGAUGGCUGUUAGAGAUCAUUUUUCAUGUGCACUUAUAACUAUUUAAAAUUUCACUUUGGUCAGUUUAUUUAAGUCUGUGUUAUCUAAUUCUCUCCAGUUCUGCUGUAACAAUAAAAUCUCAGUGUUUGCUGUUUGUUUUGCUCCUACUCUUGCAGCUGAUAUGGACCUGACUGAUUUGAAUGCUAUGGAGCUGUUUGGUGAUGCUGGCGACAUUAGUUCUGAUGAGGAGGACAAGGAGAGGGGAGGAGCAGAAGAUACUGUGAAGAGAAGAGUGAGUCAUGCAUUUAUUACACAAUUUAGGGUUGGUCUCAAUGCUUGUUUCUCAUCACAAUAUAAUUGGCUGGGCUCUUAAUUGGUCUCAGUGCUAACAUGUGAUCACAAUAUAAUUGGCUGGGUUAUUAAUUGGUCUCAUUGCUUAAAUCUGAUCACAAUAUAAUUGGCUGUGUCCACUUCCUUUUAAUUGCUAUGUAUUUAUCUUUAGUGUCUAAUUUUAUCUCAUUUAAAUUGCAACCCUGACUGCUUUGUGAUAUUUGACUGAAGUCCAAGCUGGGACACACUGUAUUACAGUUUAUUACAGAGUAUAUACCAUAUUUAAUCUAUUUUAAAUAAAUUCUCCAUUUCAACAGGGAGUGAUAGAUGAUGAGGAUGAAAACAAAGAGGAAGAACCUCCAGAGAACAGAAUAGAAGUGGAAAUUCCUCGCAUUGUUACAGAUCUGGGCUCAGCAUUGCAUUAUGUCAAAUUACCCAAUUUCCUCAGUGUUGAGACAAGGUAAGGAGCUACAUGGUUUUUUUUUUGUUGUAUUGGUAAGCUGCUGUUCACAAUGAAGACGUGUAUUAUGACAAUUCCUAUUGCAUUAUCACAAUCUGAAACUAUCUUUUUUUCUUCACCCAUUUGAUGACAGCUGCUUGAAAAAGACAUGUGAUUUAUGAAUACAUUUUCUAUUACAGAUCAAAUCAAAAUAAAAAUGUUUGCUGUAUAAAAAAAAAUGAGAUCACAUCAUAGUAGAUAUAAAUAAAUUGAAUGAAAAUCACUGCCUAUGUAAAUAUAUGUGCAUGUCUUUCAUUGACAUGCAGUUCAAAGGAUAUCAAUUUUAUUGAGGAUAGGGCUGGCAAACAAAAAUUACACAAUAAAUCUUGUGAGCUUUGGAUUUUUCCAUCUUAAUUAUCCUACUGAUUAUCCCGAUGUCCAUGUCUGCAUCAUCAAUGCAUCUGCAUCAUGUUUAAAAAACAAUUUUUUCAGGAUAAUAUAGCUCGUGAUAUUUUUUUUAAAAUUAAUAACUAUGUAUGCGCUUGUCCUUAGACCUUAUGAUGCUGAAACAUAUGAAGAUGAGGUGGAUGAAGAUGAGGUGCUUGAUGAAGAAGGUCGAGCCCGUCUUAAACUCAGAGUGGAAAAUACAUUCAGGUGGCGGAAGAAACUGGACGACGAUGGGAAUGAGAUCAAAGAUGAGAAUGGCAAUGCUCAACGGGAAAGCAAUGCUCGCAUGGUGAAAUGGUCAGACGGAAGGUAAACAUGGCACGUCUGGUUUGGCUGGUGAACGUUUCCUGGAAAUGCUGUUACUCCCGUGCCCUAAUUAAAUGAUAUGUGUUAAAGAUAUACUUAGCCUUAAAAUCAACAACAUUAAUGUGUGAUUCGGCUUGAUCUUAACUCAUUCCAUACGGCUGCGAAUGAAUCCGUCAUUUGGGAGUUCCGAGGGAUACGUCCUGGCGCAUAGCCACACGACUCUCAUUUUUAAUUUAAAAUAUCAGUGAAAUAUUGCGCCGAGACUUCCAGCGAUGGCAUCAUUCUGCAUAAUUUCAAUUUAAGAAACGAAAGUUUUUAUUCUGUUUCACUUUCAAUCUGUGUGUGCUUUUUGGUACGGCGCGCCUAUAUCCAGCAUGUGUUCAUCCGAGGUCCCAAAUAUCAUUUUUGGUCAUUACUUAUUAUUUUUCACCAUUAAUGUUGUAUUUUUUAUUAAACCUGAUUCAUUCCUGGAGCCAUUCAGCCUUGACUCGUUUGCAUUAAUUAAUAUUUAACAGCUCACAAAAAUAUUUUACAAAUGCACAUCACAUGCAAAACAGAGUCACUUUCCUUUAGAAAGAAUAUAAAUUAAGUACGGACGUAGCACUGCCGUCGGGAAUGAGCUAAAAGAAAUGCUGAUCUUCCCUCAUUUUUCAUGGAAUGUCAUUACUUGUUAGCAUCUUGUUCAAUUAUCUUACAAACAGUUAAUUGGUGAACUCGAUAAAAACUUAAUGUUAACUAAAACGUAAUUUCUAGUUAUGGUUGUAAAAAUUUAUUGUUCUAUAAAUGCUUAAUUAAUCUUCUCUCUUAUUUCCAGCAUGUCCCUCCACUUGGGUGAUGAAAUCUUUGACGUCUACUCCAUGCCUCUUCAGGGUGACUUCAACCACUUGUUUGUGAGGCAAGGCACGGGGCUGCAGGGGCAGUCCAUCUUUAAAACAAAGCUUGUCUUCAGGUGGGUCAUGUAAUAAACCACUUGUUUGUGAGGCAAGGCACGGGGCUGCAGGGGCAGUCCAUCUUUAAAACAAAGCUUGUCUUUAGGGGGGUCAUGUAUUAAACCAGUAUGACCAGCUCAUAAGAUAAUCCUUUGUAGCAGGAACUAGGGAAGAAACUUACAAACAAGACAUGAUUUUAGCUCUCCAACUGAGGAUGAUAAGUGCAUACCUGGUUACUCUUACGAUUUUGGCAUACAAUAUACAGUUUUAAUAUGUCUUUUAAGAUUGUACGCUGAGACCUGUCAGCACUACGAAUCAACAAGAUCGGGUUGACAAAAUAUAAUUCUGUAGUUUUUCAGAUUUAACAAAUUAUUAUUUGUUAAAUACAUUUUCAGUUAAUAGUUCUUUUCUAAAUCCCGUGGUGAAUGGACAGAGAAAUAUGAUAGGUUGUGGACCGUCCAUAAUUAUAUAACGUACUCACUGUAUGUUUAUUUAUUUACUUUUACAAUGCAUUAGUGUUGUAGGAUUUUGAGACUACAUAGUGCUAUUUUAGAAGAUUCCAGGGUAACUGGGUCUAUAAGCUUUUCAUAUAACUAGUAAAAGUGGUUCAUAUCACCAGUAAAAGUGGUUCAUAUAACUUGUAAAAUUGGUUCAUAUCACCAGUAAAAGUGGUUCAUAUAACUUGUAAAAUUGGUUCAUAUAACUAGUAAAAGUGGUUCAUAUAACUAGUAAAAGUGGUUCAUAUAACUAGUAAAAGUGGUUCAUAUCACCAGUAAAAGUGGUUCAUAUAACUAGUAAAAGUGGUUCAUAUAACUAGUAAAAGUGGUUCAUAUAACUAGUAAAAGUGGUUCAUAUAACUAGUAAAAGUGGUUCAUAUAACUAGUAAAAGUGGUUCAUAUAACUUGUAAAAGCGAUUCAAAAAUGGCACUGUAAUAAUAUGUUAAGAAAGCAUCCGUCUUAGAUAACUCAGGUGUUGGGUAACUGUGGUCCAUCAUUAGAUAAGCCAUUUAUAUUUGUCAAUAUUUGUUCUGCUUUUCAAAAUAAUAUGUGUGCAUUGUGAGGGAGAUGUCUCAAAUAUGUUGUUCUAAGAAUAAGCAUGCACAGUUUAUGCUAAGUAAUAUAUAGGCCUCAUUACAUGAUUUAAUCUAUACAUUUUGUUUUCCCAAUAUGUGAGCACAUUGACACUGUGUCCUGUUUCACACCACGCUCAAUGGGAAGUCAUUAGUUCAUGACCUUUGGUCUAGUGCUCAAUCCCAUCUAAUGACCACUGGUUUUCUGGCUUGUUUAGGCCUCAUUCCACAGAUUCAUUCACUCACCGUAAGAUGACCAUGUCACUGGCCGAUAGGACCACAAAGACACAAAAGGUGAAGAUACUGCCCAUCACAGGCCUCGACCCAGAGGCCAACAGAUCUGACAUGCUCAAGGUACGGCCUUUUAUUUUCUGUGCUCCUUUUACAAUGUGUAUUUUAUCUUCACUGAUAAUUUGUAUUUUAUCUUCACUGAUAAUGUGUAUUUAAUCUUCACUGAUAACGCGUAUCCCACAUAUUUAAAACUGAAAUCUCAUUCAAACAGUUUAAUCUCCACAAUUUUCAUCAUCACUAGCUGUGUCUAGUUUGGCAUCUUGAAAACAAAAAAUCAUCAUAUUCCUACAUUAUGUAACUCUUCAAAACUGAUAAACUUUCAAACAGUAAUCAUGUUUAGAUACAUGAAGGGUUGUCUUCUCAUAUCAGUAUGUUCACUGCAAUCUGUUUUAUUUUAUAAACCUUAAAAGAAAGAGGAAGAGAGGCUUCGAGCCUCCAUUCGCCGGGAAAGCCAGCAAAAGCGAGUCAGAGAAAGGGCUCACACACGAGGCCUGACAUCAUCCUACUUGGAGGGUCGGGAUGAAGAUGAGGAUGAGGACGAUGAAUCAUUCUCCAUCAAUGCCAUCAAGAACAAGUACAAGCAGAACAAAGAUGGCAGUAAGUCUCAGUAACUGCCAUAGAAUUUAGAUCUAUUUCCCCAGCAGGGCACUUGUUGUAAAUCUUGACUGCUAAAGGGCAUAAAGGGCAUUUGAUCUUUUCUCAAGCCUGCUGAGCCUAUUGGGGGGGGGGGUUUAUUGACUAUUUAAUUGAACAAGAAGAAACUUUAUUCAAUUUAUACUACUUUUUUUUUCUCCAGAGAGGGCAAACAUUUACUCCAGUGAUGAAAGCGAAGAAGAGAGAGAUAGCCGUAAGAAGGUCAAGAGAGUUCUCAGUGACGAUGUGAGUGACCUUGUGAUAUUUCCUUGACCAGCUUAAUCAACAGUUAUUAACUAUUCUCAGGGAACUUGUGUAUCGAUAGCAAAGAACUGUUGACUUUUUGUUGUUGUUGAUCAGCACAUACCUAUUGAGAAGAGCUCAUCUGUUUAGAAGGUAAAAUGUUGUUGAUCGGCACAUAUGUAUUGAGAAGAGCUCAUCUGUUUAGAAGGUAUAAUGUUGUUGAUCGGCACAUAUGUAUUGAGAAGAGCUCAUCUGUUUAGAAGGUAUAAUGUUGUUUAUCGGCACAUAUGUAUUGAGAAGAGCUCAUCUGUUUAGAAGGUAUAAUGUUGUUUAUCGGCACAUAUGUAUUGAGAAGAGCUCAUCUGUUUAGAAGGUACAAUGCAACUAUUAUUGGGGUUUUUUUAAAAGAUUUCCUCACACCACCUUUGGUUGUCCAUGUGACAAGCCCAAUAAGUAUACCCCAAAAAAGACUGUUCAAAAAGCUCCCAUGCAGCAAUGGUCACUCAUGAAAUGACCAAUAAUGAAAAAGUAAGGUAUUCCAUCAGAAAUAGCCUCUAACAAUCUGAUGCUCACACAGAAAAAGGAAAUAUUCACAUUGAAAAAAAUUAAUGAAAGAAAAAGAAAAAGUUCUGUCUACAUUACAAAAUAAUGUUGAAAAUGUUAUUUAUGUUACAUUUCAAUGUACAUCCUGUUCCAAGCUGAGUUCACACCAUGCUCUUUAUUAGUGAUAAACUCCAGUUGGGAUUAACUCCAUUAGUGAUUAACUCCAUUUGUGAUUAACUUCAUUAGUGAUGAACUUCAUUAGUGAUGAACUUCAUUAGUGAUAAACUUCAGUAGUGAUUAACUUCAUUUGUAAUUAACUCCAGUAGUGAUUAACUUCAUCAGUGAUGAGCUUGUUACUUGAUGUUAUUAUUAAUGGGAAAUCCCAUUCAAUGAAAGCUUGUUACUUGAUGUUAUUAUUAAUGGGAAAUCCCAUUCAAUGAAAGCUUGUUACUUGAUGUUAUUAUUAAUGGGAAAUCCCAUUCAAUGAAAGCUUGUUACUUGAUGUUAUUAUUAAUGGGAAAUCCCAUUCAAUGAAAGCUUGUUACUUGAUGUUAUUAUUAAUGGGAACUCCCAUUCAAUGAAAGCUUGUUCCUGUGUAGAGUUUUGUUGCUGGCUUUUGUUGAGAAGCUUUUAAUGCCGUUAAUGCUGAUUGAUGAAUUCUGAGUUCAAUAUGAAAUAUGGUAACAUCCCCUUGUGUUGUUUGUCUCUGUGCUUGCAGGAGUCGGAGGACGGUGAAGAUUUGUCAUCUAAAAAGAGGAAACCAAAAGCGCUGGAGAGUGACAGUGAAGCUGAGGAGGCUCCUGAUGUGGAAAAGAGUGGAGGAGGAG